UCUAACGUAAUUAACCGUAGACUUGGAGGGUUAGCUGAGAAGAUACCAAGACUCAGAGAACAGGACCCGCGAAAAGCUGAAAAGCUGGGGUUAGAUCUGCAAAAGAUGAGGACUUGGGCUGGAUUGGAAAGAUCAGAUAGAUCCAGGGGUUAUGCGGGAAACACACAAUUCAUCUUCAAGGGCCUGGACGCAAAAGCUCCAAAUCAUCUUCAACCUCCCGAUGGGGGAGCUCUGGCCGGCCUGUCCGGUUGGCCAGUCCCGCCGGCAUCGGGCUGAUGGCGCUGGGCGACGGGGCGUGGCGCAGAGGAGGGGGCUCGGUGCGCGGGCGGCUGGAGGCGGCCAGACCGACGGCGCGCGGUCAGGCUGCGGCCGGAAAACAAGCGGACACCGGAACGGGCGGCGCCGGCUUGAACUCCGCGGCGGCGGCUCCGGCGUCCGAUUCACGACGGGAACCGGCAAAACGGACUCGGCUCGGUGAGGGGAAUCCCGCAGGUGGCGUCGAUUUGGCUCCGGGAGCUCCUGGCCGGGGAAAUCGGUGAAGACCGGCGGCGGCGCUCGGCUUCGUCGAGAACCGCUCCUCGCGGCGGCGCGACCUGGAGCUCUGGCGGCGCGAUAGCCAGGGGGCAGAGGGGCGCAUGGCGCUCUAGGGUUUCGCUAGGGCUGCCCUUUAUAUGGCGCGGAAGCCGAGGGAAGGCAGGCCGGCGGUGCCCCCAUGGCCGGCCUGACCUUGGAGCAAGAACGGGCCGCGAUGGGCUUUAUUGGGCUGGAGCGGGCCGAGCGGGCCGGUUGGUAGGGUAUCUUUCACCCACUGGUCAGCGCAUCUUCUUGCAGUGCCCGGCUCCGGCCCCGCUGAACUCUACUCCUUUCCCCACAACAACUGCGUGUCCGAUCGGAUCCCACCUCAUGGAGAAAGCAGCGCAAGCUGCCACCGGCGGGACGCAGGGCUCACCUCAGCACAGGCUUUGCGCAGUAAGACAUGACCGGGCUGAAGUGAUUCCUGAAAGACUUGCGGUGGUCACAGGUGGAAACAAAGGAGUUGGCCUCGAAGUAUGCCGCCAGCUUGCUCUCCAGGGUGUGGCGGUUAUCCUUACAGCGAGGGAUGAGAAACGAGGAAAAGAUGCUGCCGAGUCCCUUCGCUGUGAAUCCGAACUCACCAACAUAAUCUUCCAUCAGCUUGAUGUCAGAGAUGAUAAUAGUGUCACCUCAUUGGCCUGGUAUAUUGAAAGCAGAUAUGGGAAGCUUGAUAUCUUGGUGAACAAUGCAGCUGUUUUAGGAAUUGUAGCAGAUGAGGAAGGCCUGAAAGCUCUCAACAUUGGUGCAGAGACCUGGACAUCUGGCAGGGCCGCUAAUCUUCUUAAAGAAGUAUUCCAGAAUACCUAUGACGAGGCGUUAAACUGUCUCAAUACCAAUUACUAUGGAUGCAAGCGGGUAACCGAGGCUCUUCUUCCACUUUUGAAGCUGUCUACAUCAGGUGCAAGGAUUGUUAAUGCCUCCUCCCUUGCGUCGGAGCUGAAGAGAAUGCCAAACGAGAAGCUUCGAAAUGAUUUGUGCGACAUCAACAUCUGGGAUGAGGACCGAAUAGAAGCACUGCUGAACACAUUCUUGGAGGACCUGAAGAACGGGCGGCUUGAAGAGGCCGGGUGGCCCAUGAUGCUGGCAACAUACAGUGUAUCGAAAAUGGUCAUCAAUCUGUACACCAGGAUUAUGGCAAGGAGGUACCCAGAGAUGCGCAUCAAUUGUGUGAGACCUGGUUCCGUCAAGACUGACAUUUGCUGGAAUCUAGGGCUCUUGACGCCUGAACAAGGUGCAAGAGGGCCAGUCAUGCUAGCUCUGCUCCCUGACGAUGGACCAACUGGGUGCUAUUUUGAUCAGACAGAAAUGGUGAAAAUUUGGUGAUCAACGGUUGAAUGGAUCGUUCGUUGGCCAGUUUGUGUGAUAUUAUUUACCCAGAUUGUGAGACAAUAAGGGCAUCUUCAUAUCUCUAAAUAAACACAAAACACACGGUAAAAUCUUCUCAUGACAUGUUCUUCUCAUGACACAAAACACACGGUAAAACACACGGUAAUGCCAUGAUUUGUUAGAGCAGUUGGUUUUGUAUCCACAUGUUCUUUGCUGUUCCGAUUUGGAAUAAAUUUUCCAUGUUUGUAUUCUGAACAACAAUAAAGAGUUGAGCUCAUCGAAUCCUAAAAAUAAAUAGUCGAUUUUCAUGGGGAUUGAUUUAA